AUGGAUUUUGCAAAGAUUAUGUUGCGAUUUCUGAAUUUGAAUGGUCUAUUAGCUGUGUUGCUAACUGAGAUAAUUAUAUCAAAUCAAUUUGUUAUAUUUGAUAAAAAAUUUGAUGAUGAUGAGCAUCUCUCAUGUCAACGGAAUUGUACUGAACUGAAUCCGGAAACAGUAUUUCAGAAUUGUCCAGCAUUAAAACGUGGUCUUGCCUGUGGCAAAUAUAAGGUAUACCAUUAUCAUCGUCGUUGUUCAACAGCAACAGUUUAUUGUCGACGAAAUAUGACGAACAUUAAGGAAGUUGCGGUAUAUGUAGCUGUUACUGGUACUGACAUAAAUGCUAACAAAACUGGUUUAUUUGUGUUACCAUAUGUCGAUAAAAAUGAAAUGUCCGUACCACAAAUAGUUGUUGAAAAAGCUCACCAUGGAAAUGGUAAUAUGGGUGAGCUUGUUUGUGAUUCAAAUGGUAGUUGGAUUUUAUACGACACAAAUUAUCGAUAUUUAGUUGAACAUUUAUUUUGUUUAGUUGUUGAAGCAAGAAAUUUGAAUUAUUUAUUGGAUUUACGUCGUCCUGAAUUUGAUCGUUCAAAGCCAUUGGUACCAUAUCAACAUGGUAAUCUCGAAUUUUUUGAUCAACCAUAA